GCAACCUAUCAUUCUCCCUCAAAAAUCUAGAUUGCCAUUUUCUAGCAUACCUCACAUGUGUUUUGUUAGUAGGAGAGUAAAUGAAGAUUAAAACGUAGCUUAAAAUGUUGAUGAGACAACAACCUUUUUAUUUUAUUUUAUUAUUAUUUUUUUAAUUUUGUACAAAUGGAUGCCAACCCUUUAUGGGUUUAAAUUUGAGAAAUAAAAAGCUGUGAACCAUAUUUUUAUUGGUGGGACUUUUUAUUUUUCACAUCAACCGAAUUGAGCUACAUUAGAGGUCCAAUGUAAUUUUUAAGCCCAAUAAAGGACUACAAAGGAGAGGGGCAGCCGGGGGGAGAGGGCAUAUUAGGAAUUUUGACGAGAUAAUAUAUACAGCACCAAUAGGAUGGGAAAGAAGUGAAGCAUUAUUUUCUCCGGCCUUUUUGUCUUCAAGACAAGGAAAUCAGAACCACUAUAAAAUUUGCCACAUGGAGCUCUCUAAAUGGUAUCACGUCGUUUGAGUUUUACUCUAAUUUCUGCUCUCUUAAUCCUCUAACUACUACACCCCAAAUCCCUUAUAUUAAACAUAUUAAUCAUCAUGAUUAAUUACUAUAAAUAAAUUUAAAACCGAGGAAGGUGGUUAAGAUAUAUAUAUGCUAAGCAAAGUUCCCUUUUGAGGGCAUAGCAGUACUUGUAGAGUUGUAGGCUUAAAGAUGGGUGAGGGACUCAGCCUUCAAAAGAUGUUAAAGACCACUCCUUCUAAGGCUUUGGUUAUUAGAAUCAAUUUGGUUUUUCUUGCUUUGUUUCUUGUUAUCUAUGCUUCCCUUCUUCUCCGGCCAUCUUCUUCUGUGUAUUUUGAGAAUGCAGCUUCUCUUGUUAGGUGCUCAUUAAGCGAGUGCCAUCACAAGAUGGAAACUGGUGUUAAGAUGAAGGCAGUCUUGGAAGAGAGUCAACCCAGUACGCCAAAGCCAAAACGUAAUAUGACUAAGAUUGAGGUGCCAAGCUUCAUGAACAAUAUGGGUAAAGGAAUGAAGAUUGGCAUGGUCAAUAUGGAUGAAGAUGAUGUUAGCGACUGGAAAAUACAUGGAGAAAUUAUACCUAUCUAUUUUGAAAGAGUCUCCGAGUUUUUUAAAUGGGAAGAUUUAUUUCCUGAAUGGAUUGAUGAGGAAGAAGAACUGGAAGGCACGUCCUGCCCAGAGAUUCCAAUGCCAGAUUUUAAAGCAUAUGAUGAUAUGGACAUAAUAGUGGCCAAAUUGCCAUGCAAGUACCCUCAAGAAUUGUGGAAUAGAGAGGUGUUUAGGCAUCAAGUGCAUCUUGUAGCUGCAAAUUUGGCAGUGAAGAAAGGGAGGAGGGAUUGGAGUUGGAAGACUAAAGUAGUGUUUUGGAGCAAGUGCAGGCCAAUGCUGGAGCUCUUUCGAUGCAAUGACUUGGUGAGACAGGAAGGUGAUUGGUGGUUCUACGAGCCAGACAUGUCAAGGCUGGAACAAAAGGCUUCUUUGCCUAUUGGGUCUUGCAAGCUUGCUUUGCCUUUAUGGGCGAAAGGUAUCGACGAAACAUACGAUGUGUCAAAGAUUCGGAGCACAACAAGGACAGCGAGGAGGGAGGCGUAUGUGACAGUUCUCCAUUCAUCCGAAUCCUACGUUUGUGGAGCCAUAGCUCUUGCCCAAAGCCUCCUCCAAACAGGCACAAAGCGAGACCUUAUCCUUCUCCUCGACAGAUCCAUUUCUCAACCCAAGCGUGAAGCCCUCGCAGCCGCCGGCUGGAAGAUCCGACUCAUCAAAAGAAUCCGAAACCCUCGAGCUGAAAAAUACUCAUACAACGAGUACAACUACAGCAAGUUCAGGCUCUGGCAGCUCACUGAUUAUGACAAGAUCAUUUUCAUAGAUUCGGACAUUAUAGUUUUACGUAAUCUUGACAUUCUCUUCCACUUUCCUCAAAUGACUGCCGUAGGAAAUGAUGUUUGGAUCUUUAAUUCUGGGAUUAUGGUCAUUGAACCUUCAAAUUGCACCUUCAAUUUUCUAAUGGAUCGUCGUAAGGACAUUAUCUCCUACAAUGGUGGAGAUCAAGGUUUCCUCAACGAGGUCUUUGUCUGGUGGCAUAGGUUGCCAAGAAGAGUGAACUUUCUGAAGAAUUUUUGGGCUAAUACUACACUUGAGGCAAGUGUCAAGAACGAGCUAUUUGGUGCAGACCCACCAAAAGUUUACUCGAUUCAUUAUCUGGGGUUGAAACCUUGGAAUUGUUACAGGGACUAUGACUGUAACUGGAAUGUAGGGGAUCAAAGGGUUUAUGCAAGUGAUGUUGCACAUAAAAGCUGGUGGAAAUUUCACGAUGGAAUGGAUGAGAAUUUGCAGGAGUUUUGUGGGUUAACAAAGCGGAGAAAGAUAGAGUUGGACUGGGAGAGAAAGAUGGCUAGACAGAUGGGAUUCAGUGAUGAGCAUUGGAAGAUAAACAUUACAGAUUCUAGACGUAAACAUUUGAUUAAUUAGAGAAAUUGUAACACAUCGAUCACUUUUGAUUUGUUUCCCAUUUUUCUUAAUUUUGUUUUCGGAUAGAAAGCUAUAUGUAUGGAAUGUUUUUCCAUAUAAGUUAUCUGUGAAUAGAUAGCUACAAAGGAAUUCAUGAUGAGAA